CGGAGCCGCCUCUCCUCCGCCCCGUCGGGGAAGUUGCGAAAGCGGCGGCGGGCCCAGGAAGGAGGAAGGCGGCCGGGCGGGCGAGCGAGCUGCGGGCGGCCCAUGGCGCAGGAGGCGGCGGCGGCGGAGGGGGCGGCGGGGGUCCCGGGGGCGGCCUGGGCCGAGGCGGUGCCGCUGACGGCGCUGAACUACGGGGCGCGGCGGCGCCUGGGCCUCUUCCUGAACCCGCGCGCCGCGGUGGCCGCCGACUGGACGGCGCUGGCCGAGCGGCUGGGCUACGAGUUCCUGGAGAUCAAGCGGCUCGAGGCCGAGGCCGACCCCACGGCGCGCCUCCUCGAGGACUGGCCGGCGCGCUGCCCGGGCCGCGCCACCGUCGGCCGCCUCCUGGCGCUGCUGCGCGCCCUCGAGCGCCACGACGCCCUGGCCGACCUGGCGCCGCGCAUCGAAGAGGAUUGUAAGAAAUACCUGGAGCGGAAGCGGCAGGAAGCGGAUCGGCCCCUUCAGGUCCCAGCGGUGGACAGCAGCGAACCGAGGACGCUGGAAACGCGAGGCAUUACCACCCGAGACGACCCCUUGGGGCAAACGCCGGAGCUGUUUGAUGCCUUCAUUUGUUACUGCUAUAAGGACAUCGAGUUUGUGCAAGAGAUGAUCCAAGAACUGGAGCAGACAGAACACAAGCUGAAGCUCUGCGUCUUCGACCGGGAUGUCUUGCCGGGGGCGUGCGUGUGGACCAUCACCAGCGAACUUAUAGAGAAACGGUGCCGGAGAAUGGUGGUAGUCAUUUCUGAUGAUUACCUGGACAGCGAAGAGUGUGACUUCCAGACCAAGUUCGCCCUCAGCCUCUCGCCCGGGGCUCGUCUCAAGCGCCUUAUUCCUGUGAAGUGCAAGCACAUGAAGAAGAAGUUUCCAAGCAUCUUGAAGUUCAUUACAGUGUGUGACUACACCAACCAGCACACCCAAAAAUGGUUCUGGAUACGACUGGCCAAAUCCCUCUUGCUCCCAUGAUGCAAAGCUGCAAGGCCGGGGGGGGGCUUUGGGGAAGGGUUACGUGGGUCAUCCCCUCCUUCUGACCUUCGGCUGGAAAUGGACCAGCUCACGUUAAAUCUAAGUCCUUGUUCAGAAAGGGAAGUCUAGGAAAUAAUCGUUGCUGCUCUUGGAAGAUGUCUUGUUCUCAUCCCCCCCAUUUCAGCUGGUUCCUUUCCUGGGAACAUGAAGGGAACAUGAAUUUGAGUGGGAGAAUGUUUAAACGGCUGUUGCGAAUGAAACAUCUCUUAGAUUCUGCAAGAUGUCGGACACCAUCUGUUUCUGAAGACCCCAGGAACACUUCUUACUGGCAUGCACCAUCUGCUUCACCAGUGUUGUCAUUGCCUGUAUGACAACAGAAAGCCCCAGUGUCUGGAAUUGGCCAUUGGUCUGUGAGGGUCUGUAUCUCCACCUUGUCCACAUUUCAUGGGCUGAGAUGGAAAGGACAGAGCCCAUAUGAACAGACGGACCUCUGGAUUCUGGACUUCUUCACUAAGGGAACAAAGAAGAAAAGGGGGUGGUGGGAAGAGCCCCCACAGACCCAACCCAAACAAGCAGGGGAGAAUACAGGGGUCAAGUUACAACCUAAAAUGUAAAAUAUAUUCCAAAAAGGUAUUUAUUAUGGGUGUGCACAUAUGGUCUGUCUUUGCGUUGGUCUUAUCAUCAUCAUCAUAUAUUAGAGCCCCAUAGCACAGAGUGGUAAGCGGCAGUACUGCAGCCCAAGCUUUGCUCACGACCUGAGUUCGAUCCUGGCAGAAGCCGGGUUCAAAUAGCCGGCUCAAGGUUGACUCAGCCUUCCAUCCUUCCGAGAUCGGUAAAAUAAGUACCCAAUUUCCUGGGGGUAAAGUGUAGAUGACUGGGGAAGGCAAUGGCAAACCACCCUGUAAAAACUCUGCCAAGUAAACGCCGCGAUGCGACGUCUCCCCAUGGGUCAGUAAUGACUUGGUGCUUGCAUAGACCAGCUUUACUUUUUUUUUAAUCAUCAUCUGUGUAUGGAGAACAUUUUAGCAAUUUUUAACAUAUGCAUGUAGCCUGCCAUUCAGGUCUUAUGUUUUUAACUUGUUUUUAAUUUGAAUUUUGUGCACACCCAUAAUAAAUACCUUUUUGGAAUGUAUUUUACAUUUUAGGAUGUAACUUGACCCCUGUAUUUUCCCCUUCUUGGCUAAGGGGUCAUGAGUUUCCAGGCAAAUUGUAAAAUGAUUUCCCCCACUGCUAGAAGUUCAAAAAUCCUCUGCAUUCGAGAUAGGCCUCCUUAUGCAGCCAUAAAUACUUGCCAGAGUGUGUGUGUGCGCACCUCUUUGACCUUCCCCAAAGUGAUUCCACACUAUGGCUGAAUCCUCGCAAGGGUUAUCUUGCAUUGCUGAAAGAUUACUCUUACAAGCUUUCUGUUUACAAAAAAGUGCCUUCGACGGUACUGGAAUUUCCUUCUAGUUCCCUUGUUUUUCAUUUGGUCUGCCUGCCUUCAGGCUGUGGGCAGAAGGGAACCCUACAGGCAGACAAUUGGAGUGUCACGCACACAUUCUUGGCGUCGCUGGCCCCACCAAGGUACAAUCUGAGAAUCCCGGUCUUGGAGGAAGUGUGUAGUAAACAGCAGAGGCUGUUAUAGAGAGCCAGUGUGAUGUUUAGACACAGCGCUCUGCAGCAGGCGGUAUUUCUCCAGACAGCUUCGUUGAUAGUAGUGCCUUGUUCUUAAUUCCCCACAAAUGUGUCUUUCUCUUUGUAUGUGAAUUUAUAACAUUAACGGCCAGGGCUGUGUGUAUGUAUAUGAGAUUUUGCACCAGCAUAAACUGCCUUGCGCAUCAAGCAAAACUGAA